UUGUAGGAAGUGUUCAGCGGAGCGCGCGGGAGUUUAUUGUUGCUAUUUAGGGAGCUAGUGUUUAUUAGCGUCCCUAUGUUUUCCAAAUAACACUAACAACAGCAAAGCAGUUUGUUGAGAAUGGCUCAGCUAAAUGAAGUGGACUUACCGCCGAACCUGUCAUGUCUCAAACCCAUAGAUACUCUCCUCCGAUGUCCCAUCUGCUUUGAGCUUCUCAACAUCUCCAUGAUGACCCAGUGUUCACACAACUUUUGUUCUCUGUGUAUUCGGAAGUUUCUCUCCUAUAAGUUGUUGUGUCCUGUGUGUAACUCGCCAUCAACAGAACAAGACCUCAGGAACAACAGAUUAUUAGACGACUUAGUUCAGAGCUUCCAGAUGGCAAGGCAAAAAUUGUGUCACUCAAAUUUGGAAUCGCCCCCCAUUUCACCUGAAACCCCGGCUACGGUGAUCAAAGGCAAAGCAGCGAGACAGAAAUGCCUCAAAAAGGAAUCAAGCAACCUCAGUCAUUUUUUCCAGAAGAAGACCUCUGUGACUCUCCCGUCAGAGAUCCUUCACGCCCCAGUCAAAUCUGAACCUAUGGAGGUGUGUGUUCAGCAGCCUGGCACCUUCAAGCAAGAGAGUGUGGAGGAUGCAAAAGACGUGGUGAAAGAGGAGAAGAUGGAUGUCUCUGCUUUUCCUUCCACGUCACAAAACUAUAAGCCAGCGGUUAAAGUGGAAUGUCCUGUCUGUGGAGUAGGUGUACCCGAACAGCACAUUAAUAAACAUCUGGAUAUGUGCUUGAACAGAGACGAUAAGAAGGAAGGAUUGAGAAGCGGGGGAAGGCGAAAGGCAAUGCCCAAGCUGUUGUACACUUUGAUAACUGUGCCAAAGCUCAAGAAGAUGCUUAAAGAAUGCCAUCUUUCCGCUCAAGGCAACAGAGAUCAACUCACGAGACGCCAUCAAGAAUUCACACACAUCUAUAACGCACAGUGUGAUGCACUCAACCCUAAAUCAGCUGAAGAAAUCGCAAAAGAAGUUGAAAACAAUGAGCGACUAAAGAAUCAGCUGGACAGUAAACGGAAACCUGUAAUCAUCACUACAAAGAACCAGACAGCCGAAGAAAUUGAGGAGGUGCACUCGAUGUAUCGCAAGCAGCACAGUAGUGAGUUUUCUCGUUUAAUUGCCCAGGUCAGAGGUCGUCUGGAGACUAAGAAAGCACAGGUCAAACAAGAAGAGGGAAAUUCAACAGAGGAAACAGACUCUAAAGGUGUAAACUGCAGCAUUCAAAACAGUUCCCAGCCCUUUUCUGCAGCGUUGAAGGUGAAGAGUGAAGACAGUGUAAUUGAGCUUCCACCAAGAUCAUCAAGCCCUGCCAUCAGUGAAGUGUCAGUCAGCAGCUCCAUCUCUGAUAUCUUCUGUUGAAGACAAGACAGCAGCUACUCAAACGUGUUGAGCGAGCUCUUCUCCCCAGACGUCCAGAACAGUGUUACACGGAGAGUUCUACUCUAUCAGGGAAGAUGUUUGAAGACCCUGCGAGAGGAGACGUCCUCCGUUUAUUAUGUAACAAAAGUAUCAGGUUCAUGUUUUCAGUUUCCUGAGCCGAGCGUGUGGUUUAAAUGUCUGGAUUUUAUUGACAUGUUAUGUACGAUAGUGUUUUUAUAUAAUUUCAUCAUAGUUUUCUCCAAUAAAAGAGAGA